UUUGCAGCCAUACCAGGCAAGAGAGGAUGCUGACGGUGUCUUUGGGGCUGAACUAAAUGAUGUUGCAUUGCAGGUAUUAAUAUGGUUAAUGCAGGAAACAUGAAUGGUUCUGGAAAUCUGAUGGAUUUUUUGGAUGAACCUUUCCCUGAUGUUGGGACUUAUGAAGACUUUCAUACCAUUGAUUGGUUAAGGGAGAAAUCACGUGACACAGACAGACAUAGAAAGAUUACAAACAAAAGCAAGGAAUCAAUAUGGGAGUUCAUCAAAAGUUUAUUGGAUGCCUGGUCAGGCUGGGUUGUGAUGCUUCUUAUAGGCCUGCUGGCAGGCACAUUAGCUGGAGUUAUAGAUUUAGCUGUGGACUGGAUGACAGAUUUGAAGGAAGGUGUCUGUUUAACAGCAUUUUGGUACAGCCAUGAGCAGUGUUGCUGGACAUUUAACGAAACAACCUUUGAGGACAGGGACAAAUGUCCUCAAUGGCAAAAAUGGUCUGAACUUCUAGUUAACCAGUCAGAGGGUGCAAGUGCUUACAUUCUAAAUUAUUUUCUUUACAUUUUGUGGGCUUUAUUGUUUGCUUUCCUGGCUGUCUCCCUUGUCAGGGUAUUUGCUCCCUACGCCUGUGGUUCUGGAAUUCCAGAGAUAAAGACCAUCUUGAGCGGUUUCAUUAUUAGGGGCUACCUAGGCAAGUGGACCCUCUUAAUCAAAACAGUAACUUUGGUUCUGGUGGUAUCUUCAGGACUCAGCCUUGGCAAAGAAGGGCCCCUUGUACACGUGGCUUGCUGCUGCGGCAACUUUUUCAGCAGCCUCUUCUCAAAAUACAGCAAGAAUGAAGGGAAGAGGAGAGAGGUGUUGUCGGCGGCUGCGGCCGCAGGGGUGUCUGUUGCCUUUGGAGCACCGAUUGGUGGCGUCCUCUUUAGUCUGGAAGAGGUGAGUUAUUAUUUUCCUCUGAAGACUCUCUGGAGAUCCUUCUUUGCUGCCCUCGUUGCAGCCUUUACCCUGAGAUCCAUCAAUCCAUUUGGAAAUAGCCGCCUGGUUCUUUUUUAUGUGGAGUAUCACACGCCUUGGUACAUGGCUGAACUUUUCCCCUUUAUUCUGCUUGGAGUUUUUGGAGGCUUGUGGGGGACACUCUUCAUCCGAUGCAACAUUGCCUGGUGCCGGAGGCGUAAAACCACUAAGCUAGGGAAGUACCCGGUCUUAGAGGUCAUUGCAGUAACUGCUAUAACUGCUAUUAUUGCUUAUCCCAAUCCAUACACGCGAAGGAGCACCAGUGAGCUCAUUUCAGAACUGUUCAAUGACUGUGGAGCUUUGGAGUCCUCACAGCUUUGUGACUACAUAAAUGAUCCCAAUAUGACUAGACCUGUGGAUGAUAUUCCCGACAGACCAGCUGGCAUAGGAGUGUACAUGGCGAUGUGGCAGCUAGCCCUGGCUCUGGUUUUUAAAAUCAUCAUCACAAUAUUUACCUUUGGCAUGAAGAUCCCUUCAGGUCUCUUCAUACCCAGUAUGGCUGUAGGAGCUAUAGCUGGUAGAAUAGUUGGAAUAGGAGUGGAGCAAUUGGCCUACUAUCACCAUGACUGGAUCAUUUUCAAGAACUGGUGUAGACCAGGAGCUGACUGUGUUACCCCAGGACUUUACGCUAUGGUGGGAGCUGCAGCUUGCUUAGGUGGAGUUACCAGAAUGACAGUUUCUCUUGUCGUGAUCAUGUUUGAGUUAACAGGAGGACUGGAGUACAUUGUGCCUCUUAUGGCUGCAGCUGUAACUAGCAAAUGGGUAGCUGAUGCCUUUGGUAAAGAAGGGAUCUAUGAAGCACACAUCCACUUGAAUGGGUAUCCUUUUCUGGAUGUCAAGGAUGAGUUUACCCACAGGACAUUGGCUACUGAUGUCAUGAGGCCUAGGCGUGGAGAGGCCCCUCUCUCCGUUUUGACCCAAGACAGCAUGACUGUGGAAGAUGUGGAGACGUUAAUCAAGGAGACUGACUACAAUGGCUUUCCAGUGGUGGUUUCGAAAGACUCUGAGCGUCUUAUUGGCUUUGCACAGAGGAGGGAGUUGAUUCUCGCAAUAAAAAAUGCAAGGCAGCGUCAAGAUGGAGUAGUCAGCAAUUCUAUUGUAUAUUUCACUGAAGACCCGCCAGAAGUCCCUGCAAAUAGCCCUAACCUGCUAAUGCUCCGGCGCAUUCUCAAUCUGAGCCCGUUCACUGUCACAGACCACACACCAAUGGAAACAGUAGUAGACAUUUUCCGAAAACUUGGACUCAGGCAAUGUCUAGUCACACGCAGUGGGAGGCUUUUGGGCAUUAUAACCAAAAAGGACGUGUUAAGGCAUAUGGCUCAAAUGGCAAAUCAAGACCCUGAAUCCAUCAUGUUUAACUAGGCUGGUCCCCAAGGAUGUGCAAGAAUCUAAACUUUUAAGGACCUUUGCUGGACUAAUAGAAGAGGGUUUUGUACAGCACUUCAUUUUUUGUUAAAACAAGGAGAUUUAAUUAAAUGCAACCAUAUCAAGGGCAGAACCAAAGGAAAAUUAUGACGGGGAUUGACUGCAACAUUAGAGUUUAGUCUGGCAAAGGAGUUUUAAGACUCUAUUUUUAAAAAAACACUAUUUCUCCUGACCGAUGCCUGGGCUACAUGCUACUCUUAUCAUGGGAACAGUCAUUCCCAUGGCGAGUUUCCCAUCCAUCUUCCUCACCCCCAUAGUAUUAAGCAGCAAUAGGCCAACAUCACAUAGUUAUUUCCCCUUCCUCUACUACAGGUCAUUGGAAAAUGGAGGAGGGAGAGAAACUUCACUAUGUGACAGCUCACAAUCAGAAUUAAAAUGUGAAUGUUAUUUUAUGGGUGGGAAGCUAAUCAUUGGGACUGAAUCCUAUGGAGUAACUGGUAGGUAGUAGUGACCAAGCUAAUUAACUACUUGGCUGGUGCAUGCAUAGGUGUAAUAUGGUUUGUGUUGUUAAAGACUUGGAACGGAGGCUCACCAUCAACUUGAGAGGGAGGGGUGGGAAAAUAGCAAGCAUAUUUCAGAAUCCAGUAUAAUGACAAAUGCAAAAUGUUGUGUUCAAACCAACUGUACCAGCCAUGGGUUAU